AUUUUAUCAAAUAGUUCUUAUGGAUUUGAGAAAAGUAAUUUGUAUGACUUUAUGAAACUUUAUGUCGGUAACGGGUUGCUUACUGCUCCAGUGUCAAUAUGGAAAAUUCAUCGAAGAAUCCUAAAUCCGGUAUUCAAAAAACAAAUGAUCUCAACUUAUGUGGACUCAAUAGUAAAAAAUUCAAACAGACUUAUUAAUAAUUUAGAGACUAAUACCGGAAAAAAUGUAAAUUUCCAUCAUUACGUACAUUUAUGUACAUUGGAUAUAAUAUUUGAAAGCCUAUUGAAAAUUGAUUUAGAUUUGCAGAAAAAUUUGGAAUUAAAAUUUACGGGAUAUAUUAUGGAAGCGUUAGACUUAGUUAUGCAAAGGAUCAUCAAAAUAUGGUUACAUCCUGACGUUACAUUUAACAAUUCAUCUCUGGGAAAGAGAAUGAAGGCACUUCUAUCAAUUCUUAAUAAAAUCACAAGUAAAAUCAAAAGUUCUUUUCUCGACGUGCUUUUCAUAUCACAUAACGAGAACGGAGAAAUUUCAGAGCAAGAUAUUCGAGAUGAAAUCAAUACGAUAGUUUUAGCAGGAAGUGAAACUACGGCUGGUACACUGAAAUUUUUAUUUUUAAUGCUGGCCUCGUUUCCGGACAUUCAACAACAAGCAUACGAAGAGUUGUACGAUAUUUACGGCUCAAGUGAUACUAAUGAUGUUCCUAUUACACUGGAAGAUAUCAACAAAAUGAAAUAUUUGGAAAGAGUAAUAAAGGAAACUUUACGUUUAUUCCCUGCUGUUCCAUUUAUUGCACGAACACUAUCGAGCGAUACAGAAGUGGAUGAAAAUCUUGUAAUACCGAAAAACUGCACUGUAGUUUUUUCAAUGUUUACUCUUCAUCGAAAAGAGAACUAUUGGAGAGAGCCUUUAAGAUUUAAUCCUGACAGGUUUUUGCCUGGAAACUUCAACCAAAAAUAUUUCUUAUUAUUCAGUUCUGGGAAAAGAGGAUGCAUAGGAGAAAAAUUCGCAAUGAUCGAAAUGAAGGCAAUUGCUGCAACUGUAUUAAGAAAAUUUGAUGUUCGAAUGGACAAUCCAGUUUCAGUUGAAAAUGUAAACUUAAAAAUCGGCAUAGCUUUGAAACCAGCGGAACCUAUUUUUUUGAGAUUUAACAAGCGAUAA